AUAAUAAACAUCUUGAAAAGGAUACCCUUUUUACAACCGAAAAUAACAGUGGAGCUCAAUAAAUAAUCCUCUUCUUCACCAUUCCCCUAAAAUCUCAUUCAACAACAAACAAACCCAUUGUGGGUUUUUCUCACACUCAAUCAACAGCACAAUAACCCGAUCCAGAUCUGCAAAUAAUGAGAUGACUAGUGGGUCAUUGGGUCAAAGAUCAUCAAGCUAUGGAUCUUUAUUGCAACACCAACAACAACAACAAAAUGGUGUGUUUUUGCAGUCAACACCGCCUAUUGCUUCAAGGAAGCCUGCUAAGGUGUUUGGUAAUAAAGAGAAGGAGAAUUUGUUCAUGUGGAUCUUUAAGUUUGUGCAUAGGAAGAAAGUUGGAAUGAUGUUCUUGUGUCUUGUUUCAAUUGCAGCUAUGUUGUGGGUCCUUUAUGUUGGCAAAGGUGAAGUUACACAAGAAGUUCACAAUGUCCAAAGUUUGGAUUUCAAGAACAAUUCCAUCGCAGAUCUUUCGCCAAUGAGUGUUGACGAAGACACAGUGAACGCCAUUAAUUCUUCACUAGCUAAUCACGAAAUGAAGAUCACUUUGAAUGAUGACAAAAUAGCGACAAUCGUCCCAGAGCCACCGCCACCGCCGCUGCCUGUUUAUUUCACCGGAUACAACCUUCCAAAAGGUCAUCCUUGUGAAACCUUCACAAUGCCGCCGCCACCCGCCGACAAGAAAAGAACUGGCCCACGUCCGUGUCCGGUGUGUUACCUUCCUGUGGAAGAAGCUAUUGCGUUAAUGCCAAAAGCCCCGUCGUAUUCUCCGGUGCUCCAAAAUUUGACAUACGUUCAUGAAGAGAAUCUUACCAAAAGCGAGUUUGGAGGUUCGGAAUUCGGUGGAUAUCCAUCCUUGAAGCAAAGACUUGAAUCUUAUGACAUAAAAGAGUCAAUGAGUGUCCAUUGCGGAUUCGUUAGAGGAGAUAAGCCGGGACGCGAUACGAAAUUCGAUAUUGAUGAUUCAGAUCUUUUUGAGAUGGAUAAGUGUCGGGGCGUGGUAGUUGCAUCAGCCAUAUUUGGCGCGUAUGAUUUGAUUCAACAGCCCAAAAACAUCAGUGAAGCCGCAAAGAAAACUAUUUGCUUUUUCAUGUUUGUUGAUGAAGAAACGGCUACUUUUUUACGAAACUCAAGUGAUCUUGAUGAUACCAAAAGGAUUGGAUUAUGGAGAAUUGUUGUUGUCCGAAACCUACCGUAUACUGAUCCAAGACGCAAUGGGAAGGUUCCAAAACUUCUGUUACAUAGACUUUUCCCAAAUGCCCGUUAUUCCUUAUGGGUCGAUGGGAAACUCGAGCUUGUUGUGGAUCCUUAUCAAAUUCUUGAAAGGUUCUUAUGGAGGAAGAAUGCUAGUUUUGCAAUAUCCAGACACUACAAGCGGUUUGACGUGUUUGAAGAAGCCGAAGCUAAUAAAGCAGCUUCCAAAUAUGACAACGCCUCCAUUGACUUUCAGGUCAACUUUUAUAAAGCCGAGGGUUUAACCCCGUAUUCGGAGGCCAAACUUCCUAUCAGAAGUGAUGUUCCCGAAGGGUGCGUGGUGAUAAGAGAGCACAUUCCCAUUUCAAACCUUUUUACUUGUCUUUGGUUCAACGAAGUUGACCGGUUUACUUCAAGAGAUCAGCUUAGUUUCUCAACAGUGAGGGAUAAGAUCACAUCUAAGACGAACUGGACCAUUCAUAUGUUUUGGGAUUGUCAACGGCGAAACUUUGUAGUUCAGGGAUACCAUCGAGAUAUUCUUGAGCAUUGGCCGCCACCACCACCACCGUUGUUGCCACCACCUCCCGCUCCACUUGCUGUUUUUGUGCCUCCACCGUCCACCCUAGUUGAUGAAACACCAAACGCUUCGGCUUUAGAAACAUCCGUUGAACGUAUUGUAAGUAAUCCCACAAAGAUCCCAUCACCAAGACGUCGCAGAAGAUUUGGUUCAAGGCGGCACAGGAAAGCUGUUGCCGGGACGAGCUGAGACUAAAAAGAUUUGUAUAUCGACAUGAAGUUGUUAGUUUUUUUUCAUUACCUGUUUAGAGAAAUUAUUUACGGGCUAGGAAAAUUUGUGCAAGAUGAGUAUUGUCCACACAAAGGUCACGAUAGUCGACGACAUUAUAUACGUGUUAGUUUGAUUGGUUUAAUCAUUUUUGGUUGUAUAUAUACUUUAAAAAGAUAAUGAUAACGAUAAUGAUAAUGAUAAUAAUUUUGAUUUGAUGA